AUGGUUAAUCCACCAACCCGCAAGCGCCAUGUUGUCUCCCGGGAUCGUAAUGGAUGUGUCACCUGCCGUGCGCGAAGAUUGAAAUGCGACGAGGGCAAGCCCAGCUGUCAAAACUGUACUCGGUUCAAAAUCCAGUGCGGCGGAUACAAAAAUCGUCUCGUUUUCAAGGACCAGACGGACCGCCUCUGCAAGAAACAUGGAUCGGGUUCACAUUCUCGAAAUGCCAAGAAGCAAUCCCCACCUGCGCCAAAUGAUGUGACUGCACCCGUGGAUAUGACGCAGGUCCAUCAUUUGACUCAUUGGCAGAGCGUAUAUGUAGCGGCAGAGUCAUUGACGGAGAUGUCUGCUGGACUAGAGCAUAACGGGCACGGAACGAAGGAGGGCGUACAUGAGUCUCAAUCUGGUGCCGGCGAAGAAACUCAUGCCACAGACUUAUCUCUCAAUUUCUUCAACAUUGGCCGCGACGAUGAAUCGCCAACGCAGGGCCACUACGAUAAUCCUCAGUCUCCGGAUGACUCUGUCCCGAGUGACCCUGAUGACAUGGGAGCCUUGGAUGCCACAUUUUCACCACUUGAGACCUCACACAACGGAGAAACGACAAUCCAUCGCCCACAGCCGUCUCUUAUCUCGCAUUCAAGCCAAUCACCAUCACAGCCUACCACCCAGCCUGACCUGAUCCAGGUGGCCCCGUCAGGGAUUAUGGAGAGCGCCAAGUUCCCCGAGGAUCUUAUUUACUACCAUCAUAUACGGGAUGGCCCGCCUUACGGAUUGCUAUCUGUUCUAUCGCUCGACGAUAUGUUCCAAGUGAAAUACCUGGACGCGUCCUUUUUCCAUGCCGCGCUAGCACUUUCGGCAUUGGACAUAUCCCACAUCGAGGGAAACAAUGUGCUGGCCAAGAAGGCUCGACUGCAUGCUCUGGAUCACUACGUGACUGCCCUAGGCACGGUCAGUCGAACGAGUAACCUCUUGGAUCUCGGAUUCCGCCCUGAUAGGUCAUAUGCGGCCAUCUCAUGGCUGGCCACGACCUUGUUCUUAGCACACUUUGAGUUGCAGCGGGGCGAGAUGAGGCUUUGGUACAUACACAGCUGCGCCGCCGUGAAUCGACUCUCCCGAGACCUUCGCCUUGUGAGAGGGUCGGUCAUGGGCGAACCAAUACUGCGAUCGUUUUCCCGGAUUGCUGCUUUGCUCAAUAUUUACGAUCGCACGUAUUCGGUCCAGCCGAGGACCUGUCCCGACAUCCCAAACUCACUACAAGACUCAUUGCUACUGUCGCCUUGUCCUACAGAUCGGCUACUCUUCAUCCUGCCUCGCGUGAUCGAGCUAGAGGAAGACUGGCGCAGUAAUCCUCAGGAAGAAGACCGGUUUCGAGAACAAGCAGCCAAAUUGAUCUCGGAGCUGGAGGAAUGGCGAUGUAGCUUGGAUGAAGCGGAUGUACCUUUUUUUAAUGACAUACAGUCUCCCGAGGGAGGAGGCGCGUUUUCAAUCAGCCCACUGACCUUGUCGGAUUCCCGCCAGCCCAUCCGAGCCGCAACCAACUUCAUGCACUAUCUCAUUUCCUUGUUAAGACUUGGCACCCACUAUCUACCAGGUUCUGGACGGCAGCAACCGAGCAAUUCAGAACAUUUAGUUCUCCUGGUGUGUCGUCUGGCCGCCGGUGUAACUCCACAGCAAUGUGCAGCUAUAAACGCCUACGGGCAUGGCAUGGUACCUGCAUUGAUGAACGCAUACUACAUUACGCAUGACGGGUCGAUCAAGGCUUGGAUAGUUGACUGGUUGAAUAAGUUUCCGCGAGAGAGGGAAGGCAUCUGGAAUGUUCGACAUGCGACACGGCUAUUAGCGUAUAUCGACGAGGAAUACAGUCGGCGGGGAGCGGGCCAGAACUGGGGCGUGAUCAAGGUCCGCAUGAUAGACCUGGAAGAUGAGAACACGCCUGAACCUGUAGAUGUUGAGAAAACCGAAGACAGGUUUACGGUUGAGAUAUAUUCGAGGUCGAAACGGGGAUGGAGCAUAGAUUUUGUUGAUGUCCCUUGA